CUCGUCUUACUGAUUCAUCAUCAUCAUCCAUCCUUUUACUUCUGGAACCCAUCAAGGAAUUUUUUUACCUGGUCUAGGAAAAGAUGUUUUCUCACCAGAAUGUUCCCACGAUUCAGCUCCAGCCCAUGUCGCAGCUGGCAGAGGCAAUCUACCGAGAAGACGAUUGGACUGGUCUCACAGAUGCAGCUGCCCGUAGAAAGAGACAGAAUAGGCUCAAUGUCAGAGCUUAUCGAAAGAGAAGGGCACAACAAUCGAAGGCUAGCUCCAAUUUGGCCUCUACUCGCCCUAAACAAACUGCACCAACUGAAACUCAAAUACCGUGCUGGGUUGAGAGACAGCAGAGAGUAGUUCACAUUCCGGCUUUGGCCCUUACCAGGAUUUAUAAAGCUGGUCGUCCUCUUAUCCCUUGGCAAUCCGCCCCGUUUUUAACUUCUGAAAAGCCUCGAAAAAUAUCAUUAUUUGGAGAAAUAAUUUUCCCUCUCUCUUCUGACCAUCUAAUUCCAUUGCUUCAAUUUAACGUACUUCGUGGCUUAUUAACUCUCCGACAUCUUCUCUCUCCCAUCCGCCCACAAGACAGUCAGCCAAAUGAAUGCUCUUCGGCAGCGCUCUAUGUUCUACCUGACAUAUCUUCCUGUCCAGAGUCUCUGCCGGAAGCACUAAAACCCACAUAUCUCCAGCAGACAGUGCCGCACGAAGAAUGGGUCGAUUCGAUCCCACAUCCAGUUUGGCGCGACAAUGUAAUUCAAGCACUUGGAACGUUUGAUGAAGAUCAGCUGUGGUCAGAUACUAUUGGGGGACUCUUUGAGGGAUUUCCAUCCUCGGAAAUCGAGAAACGAGGUGUGAUAUGUUGGUCGACGCCGUGGCAUCCAAGUGGGUGGGAAAUAUCCGCAGGCUUUUUACGAAGAUGGGGAUGGUCGUUCAAGGGUUGCGAGGCGGAUGUGAUGGAGACCACGAAUAAAUGGAGAGCUCUGCGGGGUGAAAACCCCCUUGCUUUUGAAUAUUGAUUCAUCUCACAUUGUUUUAACUUUCACUUUUCUU